CACUGCACGUGUUUCUCGCUGCACGAGAAAUUCAAAAUAUCUCAGAAUGGACAGCCGGUUUUAUGCUCUGAAUAUACGAAGGUAUCAGCAGCGGGCGCAGAUAGAGACGCCCGACACAAUCUAUUGGGAAAGGCUAGAGAAACCCGAGUUCCUCAAAGAGUGCAACACCAUCGACUAUUUGGACUUCAGCCCCAGCGACCCAGAUAACUUUGUCGUGACUUGCUCGGUUCGCGUCCAAAUAUACAAUUUGGUUACCAAGCUGGUGGUAAAGAACCUAUCAAGGUUCCAAAAGACCGCCUAUGGGGCGACAUUUCGGCAAGAUGGCCGGCUACUGGCGGCCGGUGACGAAGAGGGCCAUGUCAAGCUAUUCGACACCACCAGCCGGAACAUCUUGCGAAUCUUUAAGGGCCAUAAGGCGCCCGUGCAUAGGACUUUCUUCACCAACGACAAACUGCAGCUGACCAGCUUCUGCGACGACAAGUCGGUGCGCCUGUGGGACGUGUCCAACGAAAAGGUAGUAAACACUUAUAACGAUGCCCACACGGACUACAUUCGCGCUGGGGCCAUGCAUCCGCUGGCGGGCAACAUGUUCGUCUCCGGCGGCUACGAUGGUAAAAUUAAUCUUUAUGAUACGCGUGCAGAGAACGCGAUUCAGCGUACCCUGGACCAUGGCAGUCCGGUGGAGUCACUUCUAUUCAUGCCCAACGGUUCCAUAUUCAUCAGCGCUGGCGGCAACCAGGUGCGUGUCUGGGACCUCAUAAGCGGCUGCCGCCUGCUCACGAUGAUGUCGCAGCACCACAAAACAGUGACCUGCCUGCGCCUGGGAACUGACGGACGACGCCUGUUCUCCGCCGGCCUGGAUCGGCAUGUUAAGAUCUACGACACCACCACUUACAAAACCGUCCACACGCUUACCUAUCCCAAUGCCGUUGUGAGUCUGGGCGUGGCCAGCGGCGAUCAGGCCGUGGUCGCCGGCAUGGUGGAUGGUCUCAUCUCAAUCAAGCGUAUGAUCGUCGAAAACAAACCGAGUCACCUGAACAAGAUCCGUGUGAGUCAUGCGGUUAAAGAAAAGAGGAAGCUCGUCAAGAAACUGAUGCGACCAGAUACCUCGCAAGCGGUGGACCACACCAUCAAAAACAGGUUCAAGAGUACCAAACUCCAGACCUACGACGUUCAUCUCCGCAAGUUCAACUUCAAGAAGGCUUUGGAUGAGGUUCUCCUCCCUCUUCAGGUGGAAAAACAUCCAGAAAACACUGUGGCUGUCAUCACUGAGCUGCUGCAACGCCGGGCCCUGGACAAGGCCCUCACCGAACGACCCGACGUAGUUCUCAUCCAGUUUAUCGAUUUUCUCUGCACACACAUGGGCGAAAUCCGUUUUAUGCGACCGCUAAUGAAUGCCGCCAAUACCGUCCUCGACAUCUUCGAAGGCAGUUGUGUGUCGUAUAGUUUAAAAGUGAUGGAAGCACUACAACGACUGUCUACCGCUAUCCAGGCGGAAAUCGCAGUCACCGUCGAGAUGCUCCAGCUGAAGGGAGCCAUGGAUACGAUUAUUGGCGUCUCCCUGAACGACAACUACAGGCCGAAGACGCGCACAAGUACACCAAAGGAAGUCCGAAUGCAACCGUCAGCGCGCGCGGAAAAGUACGUGAUCUAUGUUGAUUGACAGCGAGAAGUUAGGGAAUGAAGGGAACAAAUUUGACCUUAAGUAGACGGAGACGCAUUGGAACGGCCUAUUAAAAGAAGAGGCUCAUAGGGGACCAUUGGUUUGACGACGGGUGAUGAUCGUGUGGAGUCCACGCAUAUCCAUUUAAGAUUAUAAUGAAUAAUAAUUAAGUUUUGAGUUGACCGCUCUUUAGUUUUGGAAUAAAUAUUGCCCCGACUUGUAUGCAUA